AGUGCCGCGAAUGCUCUUCCGGAGACCAAUGCGCCAGAUGAUAUAAGCGCUACUUCUGCAGUCCAACAAGCAUGGUCCUUGAAGAUAUCAGAGGUCGUACCAAGCAGCCCUAGUGGCACAAACAACGUGGUACGACUUACGAUGGCCAUUCCAGAUUUGAGUCAGCCUGUAAGACCGCAACAAGCAGAGGAUGAAAACAAAGCGGCCACGACAAUAUCUGGUGGUAAUGGAGUUGUAGAGGACCACACAGUAGGCUCAAGUACGUCUUUGGGAGGAGGACAACUUCAGUUGAAUCCAUCAAAAACUGGUACAUUAAUUACAACAGCAUCUUUUGCUGGCCCGCAGGCGGUGCAACAACAACAAACACCGUUACUCGUGAACACCGAAAUCAUAUCUGCUUCGCGUCGGAACAGUUUUAACCCUGGGUUUGCGGAUAAUCGCGACGACCGACGGUUGUCGCACUACGAAGGGACUGGUUCCUUGUUCCAGAAUUCGCCAGGGAUGCUGCUGUUGUCCGCGAACAAUAAUCAGAAUCACGUGCGACGUCGGUCCUCGGUAACUGCGCAGCUGAUGCAAUCACAAAUCGCGGCAAGCCGGAAGAAUUCCGUGAACCUAGCGGCUCAGAUAGCAGCCCAACAAUCGGCAGCGUCACAGCUGUCGCUGCUGUCGAGUGAUUCGCUUCAGAGCCUGAAGCGUCCGUCUGGCUACGAUGGGAUGCUCAAUUUCUUCCAAUCAUCUGCGCACGUCGCGGCCCUACAGCAGCAUCGCAUGUCUGGCGUAGCGAAUUUGGUCCCCUUCGAGCGCGACUUUGCCACCCCCUUAGACUCCCGACGAGGCAGCUCCGUAGCGUCUUCUUUUGGCGGUGGCGUUUCAAAUUUUGGGGCUGCAUUAAGGACCGAAGUAUAAUACUUCAUUUCUACAUAAGUCAUUAUCAUUUCUCACUGUUUGUGUUUCCUCCGUAGAACCAACAGUGAGAAAAUAAUGGAAUGGAGAAAUGAAAAAUAUUUUGAGCUGUUCUAAAUGCAGUUCUCAAUGGCGUACGCGGCAGCUUUAGUGCUGGAGCACCGUUCGCUGGUCUCGGGGGAGCGGAGUUGGACGAACUCGAUGAAUUAGUGGCAGUAGACGAAGAGGAGCCUCUGGACCUGAAUGCGGCCACAGAAGAGAUGCACUGCGUGGGCGAGUGGAGGACAAUACAUCUUUCCCAGCCGUUAGGCUCUGCUCAUCGUGAGAGCAGAUACCCCAAUACGCCGCUGAGUUUGCUCUACGUGGAUCUUUCGUCCUCCAGUUGCACGGGCUCUUCUAGUAGUUCUACCGCUACUGGAACAAGAGGACAUAGUGGAAGUAGAGCAGCAUCACGAGCACAUGAACAAAGCCAGCAAAAUCCAUCUCAUUAUGACUCAGCAAGACCGUACUUCCUAGUCGGACUCUUGUCUCUGCCUUCGCUGCUGAAAGUUGUGCCCCCAAGACUUUGUGGCUUCUAUCCUGAAACAAACCAAGCGCUAGCGGAACAACAGCAGUCGCAGGUCGGUGGAAGUCGGGGACGCUUCUGCACACUUCCUCUCGAUGCUUUUGGCCGCUUCCUCCUCUGUGACGGGAGCUCCCAUGCGAUUUUUCUAGUCGAGAAUGGGGGUUAAGGCUGCAGUAAAGGCAUCUUCCCCAGUAUCUUGGUUCCGUCAUUUUUGAACGGGAAUAUAGGUUUCAGGGUGUCAUCGUAUAGUCUUGGUGUUGGUAUGCUAGCCAAUGUUAGACUCCAUGUUUGGGACCAGUUCCGUUAUUUUUGAAUGGGAAUAUAGAGACCAAGAUGAAACUGAAGGUGGAUCUAAGGGGGAGAGUUGAUGACGGUAGCAGGCUGUGGAAAGCGUGGGUACGUUGAUGGCCCUCUUGACAUCUGCCGACUUGAUACUCCCACCGGCCUAGCUGUCGACCCGAAGACGCAAUUAGUUUACGUCGCGGACCGCGGCAAUCACGUGAUUCGAAAGAUAGACAUUGCUUCGGGCCUAAUGACUACAGUUAAGGCUAAGUAUAGAGAAUUCAUCUUUAUUGAGUGCAUCGUCCCUGACCACCUCGGAAGGUAUUCAUUCCAUUUAUCUGUCAGUGUAUCCUAGCUAACAAGGUAUUCUUCUUGAUUACUUUCAUUUUUCAAGAUUCAUGCAGGUGAAAGAUGAACCACGAAUUACGGAGUGAGAGGUCUGGUCUAAUAAAGUGUGCGGCAGCGGCGUGCAGGGCAAUCAUGACGGGCGGAGCCGAGAAACGCAAUGUCUUGACGCGCCAACCAGCUUGUCCUUCUCGCAGCCGCACUUUUUGCUCAUCAGCUGCGGUGACAACUCCCUACGCAAGUUCAACACGAAAAGCGGAAUCCUGGAUACAAUCUUGAUUGGGAGUUAGCAUUUUGCACAGUUUUAGAGUGCGGAGGUCGAUCCAAUAAUUUGGAAUAUCAAGCAACACUUUAUUUGCGACCAGUCGUUUACGUAACCCAACAGCACCUCCCAACUUUAAUUGCUAUUUAACAAUGUGCAUGUUUAUGUUUAUCGAUCUACAUCGAUGCUUUUCUAUCUCAUUUUAUGCUAAAUUUCGUGCCUAGUUAGUUGUUGCUAGCAAGUGAUAUAGCUGCAAAAGAAUUGUCGUUGUUUCAUAGUUUCUUCUGUGCUCCAUCUUCAAAAGUUGUGUCGAAGCAAACAAAGUAAGAAUAGGUUCUAGCUAACUGUGAAAACCAAAAAGUUGUAGUUAUGAUUUCUUUUGUUGUAAGCAAGUAGAAGCUCCUCACACAUUAGUGUGAUGCCACGUAGGAGAGAGAUAUUUUUAUGUUUGUAUAGUUUGUUGGUUCUGCAUCAGUUGCAAUUCGAGUUUCUUGGUGUUAAGUACAACUAGUAGUGUGCAAAAGUUUGUUAGUGAAAUUUCCAGAAAUGCAAAGAUAACUUGUAUUAAAUUGCAACCUCAUCUUUAUCGAUUCGAACCUCAUUACUGUACGACCAAAGUAUCUUCGAUCCGCAUUUUCCUUGUUUUAAGGAAAAGGAAAUCUGUCUGGACAAUACUGAGAAGACCCAAGCGCUCCUACACAUGAGACAUCACAGCAUGACAAAUAAACCGGGGAUCAGACGAAAUGCCGAGCAGAUCCGGGGAGUUGAAAGAGCCCUUUAGUUCCGAG